AUGUCUCCAUAUCAGAUUCCCACGGGGUACAGACUCUACAUCAUGACGGAAAAACUCGAUCCUGAGAUUUCCCAUGUGGAGGUUUAUGCGUUGGCCGAGGCCACGCAACAGCAGAAGCCGAAGCUGUUCAGCAAGAGUAUGCUCAAGUUGUAUUGGUGCAUCGCCGUAGCCAUGCUCAAUUCAUGCAUUAACGGAUACGACGGCUCGUUGAUGGGAUCCAUCAAUAGCUACGAGCAGUAUCGAUCAUACUUCGGCUUCGAUCCAGACGAAGGAACGCCGUCGACGGGCAUUGUGUAUGCCAUCUACACGAUUGGGAAUAUCGUGGGUUCGUUUACUGCGGGACCAUUUACUGAUUUCAAAGGCCGCCGCGUCGGCAUGGCCCUCGGCGCCAUUUUUAUCAUCAUCGGCACCAUCGUGCAAGCUACCUGCCACAACCUGGGCGGGUUCAUGGCGGGCCGAUUCAUCUUGGGCUUUGGCGUGGCCACGUCGGCGACGGCUGGACCGGCGUACGUAUCUGAGAUAGCCCAUCCGGCGUACCGCGGUGCCAUGACAGGUCUGUACAACGUGCUGUGGUUCGGGGGUGGUAUCCCGGGGACAUUCAUCCCCUGGCGGACCAGUAGCAUCGAGGGGACGAUGAGUUGGCGCAUUCCCAUCUGGUUGCAAAUGGUGUUUUCGGGGAUGGUGUUGUUGUUUUGUUUUACAUUACCGGAGUCCCCCCGGUGGCUCAUCUCCCAGGAUCAACACGAAGCGGCGCUGCAGGUUCUCGCGGAGUACCACGGAGAAGGCGAUCGAAAUGCGCCAAUUGUGCAGCUAGAAUACCGCGAGAUGAUGGAGGACAUCUCGAAGACGGGGGCGGAUAAACGAUGGUGGGAUUACCGCGAGUUAUUUAACUGUCGAGAGACGCAAUAUCGAUCAAUGCUGGUCAUAUUCAUGGCCUUCUUCGGCCAAUGGUCCGGCAACGGCCCCGUUUCAUACUACUACCCGCAGAUGCUGCGCGGCGCCGGGAUCGAAAACAACAGCACCCGACUGCUGCUGCAGGGACUGCAGAACGUGGUUCAGUUCAUCGGAGCGGUCAUCGGGGCGCUGAUCACGGACCGCAUCGGACGACGACCACAGCUACUGGUGUCAACCGCGCUCAUCGUGGUGCUAUUUGCCAUCAUCACAGCGCUGAACGCGACCAACGUGGUGAACGAGUCCUCCGGCGAGCCCAUAGCCAAGUCGGGGGUCGCGGCGCGGGCGCAGAUCGCGAUGCUGUUUGUGUUUGGACUUGUUUACUCGGUGGGAUGGACGCCGAAUCAGGCGAUGUAUCCGGUGGAGUGUUUACGAUAUGAGAGUCGAGCGAAGGGGAUGGCGAUGAACAAUUUUUUCGUGAACAUCGCCUCAUUCUAUAACACAUUUGUCACCGGGAUUGCCUUCAGCGGAGCGGGAUGGAAAUACUAUUUCCUGUUUAUCUUCUGGGACACGUUGGAGUUUCUGGUGAUAUACUUUUUAUUUGUCGAGACGAGCCAGCGCACGCUGGAGGAAUUGACAGGGAUAUUCCAGGCCAAGAAUCCAGUGAAAGCGUCGAAGAGAAAGGGGAUCAUUGAAGUUGCUGACAAGUAA